UCAUUAACUGAGAUUUUUCUUUAACAUAGCAAGUGGCUGAAAUAGCAAGGAUGUUAACUAUUUUUUAGUUUUGUUCAAGAGGCCAUUUGCCCAGAGUGGAUUUGCCAUACAUAGAUUUUUUCAGCUUUAAAAAUCUUCAGCAUAAAAAAGUAUUAAAAGAUGAUCUUUUAAUUAAAUCUCUCCUUUGUGUCCUCAUGUUCACAUUAAUUUGAUGUGUUCUAUCAUCAUUUACAAUGCUUAUUGCUUCUGCAUUUCUUUACAGACAAGUGUAUAUUAUACACAUAUUUUAUUUUAGACAUUACAAAAACAUAUUUUUGUGCAUUUUGGAUUUCCUACAUUUACCUGUACAGACAAGUAUAUUUGAUACAUGUCUAUUUUUUUAACGACAUUUUUGUAUGUAUUCCAUAGAUAGAACUACAUAUAUUGGAAUCGAACGUUCGCAGAGAUUGUUUUGACUGGAGUGAUGCUUAGGACUUCAUUAAAAAAUCUAUCCUGUUUUAUUUUACCACUACAGUCUGUUCGUCGGACGAAACUGGAGAAAAAUAACUAGUGUCGAAAGUAAACAUCGGCACCUCGAUGGUGUCAACUCUGCUUAUGUCUGCGUAAUAAAAAGGUAGGAGGAAAAAUAAAAAAACAUCUGGUCUAGCGAUCGAUGACAAAUUAAAUGGUGCCCGUGUAACAGUUUUACUUCUGUCCCGAACCAGUGACCCUUUGCACACAUAUACAACAGUUACCCAUCGCUCCACAAAAGCCGCGGCCCUUGCAGAGUAAGGGGAACAACUACUUCAAGGUCUCAGAGCGAGUGACGUCACCGAUUGAAACGCUAUCAGUGCACUAACCCCCAAACCAGCUACCCAUUUCACACCGGUUACAUCCAGCAUAACCCCUCAUUCAAUUACGCCAGUGGCAAACAGUGAAAUGUGAGGAGCAGGAACAGCUAUAGCCCUCAAACUCACCUCUUAGUCUCAAAGCCAGUUCCACUGCAUUUCUUCAUUGUUCUCCUGUCAUCGGGGACUGAUCUAGACCUUGGACACCAGGUGGGUGCAAGUCAUUAUCAGUUAGAACAGAAAACCAGCAGGCUCGUAGGGCAGGGGAGCGUUUCCCAGACUUGGUGUGCAUUUUGGUUUUUGUCCUAACACUACACAGCUGAUUCACAUUAACAAAGCUUGAUGAUUAGUUGAUUAUUUGAAUCAGCUUUGUAGGGCUAGGGGAAUAAAAAGAAAAUGUGCAGCCCUUUGGGGUUCAGGUGACUGAGUGUGGGAAGCCUUUGUCAUAGGGUAAAAGUUGAAUACCCCUGGGCUGUAGGCUGCACACCUUGAGUCAAAUAUUAGAUUCUGUAGCUGUGUAUUUUAUCAAAACAAUUCUGUGCUACAAUGGUUCCUUUCCUUAGCUCAGGGUAAGUAGGAGCAGGCCUAGAAGAGUCUUAUGCGACGCAAACAUUUGAAUUGUGUUCUUCCUCCUUUUAAUCAAUCAUAAUAAUUUGUCAAAUGCCUUACAGGUUGUUUUGCCUAUUGUUGGCAGCUGUGGGCAUACAAGCACAACAGAAACCUUCUUUAAGUAUGCAUUUUUCACCCUACAAGUUCAAGCACUAAGCGUUUGACUAUAUAUAUAUCUUUUGGUUUAACUAAUCUUUCCCAUUCCAGAUGACCUCAACGCUGAAUGCCUUGGUAAUGUUAUACGUUUGAGUGUCGCUCCUCUUUUUAAAGAGGUUGAUGCUGUCUUCAGACGAUAAGAUGUUCAGCUUGGUCAUGCAGUUCAGGCUGCCAGGAAACCACAUGAAUGAAGACCCUGUGUAUAGAGUGGGCAAAACCUGUAGCUACACCCCCUGGACCUCCCGAGAGAUUCUGUGCGACCGCAACUACAUGGAGGUGUCUGUCAGAAGGACUCUUCCAGACAUCCAAACCGUCCCUGAACAGCCCACUGGAGGCCCGAAAGCAAGGAGCGGCAACUUCCGGAGAGGAGCUGAGGUGUCUGUCAGAAGGACUCUUCCAGACAUCCAAACCGUCCCUGAACAGCCCACUGGAGGCCCGAAAGCAAGGAGCGGCAACUUCCGGAGAGGAGCUGAGGCUGUUGCUGCAGGAUACAAAAUGACAGCAGUCGUCUUUAGUCCUAGCAAGAAGGUCAUGAGUGUGGAUGAGGUCCAAAGAAAGGGCUAUGCAAUAGCCAACACUCCCACACGGCUGGUGUUAAGAAGCCCUCAUAAUGCAGAGGAGACAUACCUCCAGAAUGUAGCUGGGGUUCCGAUGCGGGUGCUCUCAACCUCAACCUUCUUUGAGCAGAAGUGGCUGGUUACUCGAGUAGAUGCCACGGCUGUUUGUCCAACACCAGGGGCAGUGGCCUUUACUCCAGAAGUGAUCACCUGGUACAUGCCCAAGCACAUAGACCCACUUUUCUCCUCUGAUGCCUUCACCAUGUUGGAGGUGUACAUGGGAAUUGACGCUAAGAGGCUGGACACUGAGGAAAUGGCUGCCAGAAACUACUCGGUUUUAGUCACAGAGGCUCAUAUUAUUGUUGAAAUUCCGGUGGGGGCGGUUGGCGGCUAUUUCAAGAGCCAUAUUCAGGAUGACCAGUACUUUGUCACUUACACCAUUGAGCCCAUGCUUGAGUUGCUGUGGAUUGAGGAGGUCGCACACGAGGACACACGCUACAAAGUCCUCUUCCCUAUCACAACACCUCCGAUGGCCAGGCCUCCACAAGUUCGCAACUACACGCCCUUAGACACAGUUCCUGAGCAGGCAGUGUUUGUGCUUCAGUUGGGGACUUUCAACCUUGAUGUGGAGCUGCUGAACAUCAACUUUCCCACCAUGGUGCUAACUGUUGCAGAGUGCAACGCCAGAGGCUUCAAUGUUCAGGAGCAGAGAUCCCUGGACAACACCUUGAAGAGCUUCAGGAUGGAGGUGCCCUUCUCAGACCCGGUGGUCUUUAAGGAGAGAAGGGCGGAACAAGGUGUCACAACCUUCACUCUUCAGCUGAUCUACGGCCUGGUCGUCUUUCCAGAGUACGCUCCUUUCUCUCACUCUGCCGUUGUGGACGCUGUACUGCUGGACAUUGUGCCACCCUCAGUCACUGGCAACUGUGAUCAGGAGAACUUUCACAUCACUGUGGACUACAGGAACCAAGAGCCCUUUUUCGUGGUCUUGGUUGGCAAGCGGCUGCUUAACCAUGAGCUUGCUCAACAGUAUUUAACAGAGGGCGACGCAGACUUCACCAUCACGUUACCCUUCUCUUCGCCGGACGCAGUGUUUGAGUCGGUUCACCCGUCCUCUGUCAGGAGCAGGCUGGAUGUGGCUCUGUUGAAUCCUUACAACAACAUGACCAUCAAACACUUUUCCCUGGCUUGCAGCUUCCUCAAAACGCUGACUGAGUGUUUCUCUAACGGAACGAUGACUGCGCUGGCGGUCAAGGUGGAGUCUGCUCCCAGUCUGAACCCCGGUCAGCUGACCCUGAGCGACCCCGCCUGUGGUCCCACCUACAGCGACGAUCGCUUCGCCUACUUCCACUUCACUGUCAACUCCUGUGGCACCACCAGGAAGUUUAUCAACAAUGUCAUGCUGUAUGAGAACGAAAUCUCCUUGCCAGAUGAACUUGAGGUGAAGCUGAAUGGCACGACGUCUUCAGAGGAGGAAUAUCAGUUAAAGGUUUCCUGCUACUAUGUGGUCAACAUCACUCGCACAUUGGCCUUCCUCACCAGGCCGCGUGACAACGAGCGCUUUGCCGAGACUGGGACAGGUCGACAAAUGGUCAGAAUGAGACUCGCUCAGGACGCCUCGUAUAACACGUUCCACCAGGAGGAGGACUAUCCAGUGGUGAGGUACCUGAGACAGCCUCUGCACUUUGAGGUGGAGCUGACCAGGUCCUCUGACCCCAAGGUAGCGCUGGUGCUUGACCACUGCUGGGCCACCCCCAACGAGGACCGUGACUCCCGACCCCGGUGGAAUCUCAUCAUUAAUGGUUGUGAGAACCCGGAGGAUCCGUACCGUGUAGUCUUCCACCCGGUGGUAGCUGACGCCAGGGUCCACUUCCCCCCUCACGUCAAACGCUUUGAGGUCUAUAUGUUUUCCUUCGUCGAGGAUGCGGUUGAGCCGAGUGGCCAGGUCUUUGUCCAUUGUGAUGUGGUCAUCUGUGACGCCAGUAGUCCCUCUGGCGGCCCCUGUAGUGGACAAUGUGUGAAUCAAGACAACUCGAAAAGAGGUCAACGACAUGUCAGAGACCUCUUUGAGGAGCGUCAUUUGUAUGUUUCUUCUGGAUACAUUCUUUGGGUGUAAUGUCUUAUUCUAACAUGUCAAAUAAAGUGUUCUAUACAACAA